ACGCAGAGGCUGGCACUGAACUAUCGUACCCUUCUGGACCAUCGCGUGGGCAAGGGGGUUUGUGGUUGUUGCGGGGCACUCAGGCCUCGGUACAAGAGACUGGUGGACAACAUCUUCCCAGAAGACCCAGAGGAUGGACUGGUCAAGGCCAACAUGGAGAAGCUGACAUUUUAUGCCCUGUCAGCUCCAGAGAAACUGGACCGUAUCGGGGCUUACCUAUCUGAGAGGCUGUCGAGGGAUGUGGCCCGACAUAGAUAUGGGUAUGUGUGCAUUGCCAUGGAAGCUUUGGACCAGCUGCUGAUGGCCUGCCACUGCCAGAGCAUCAACCUGUUUGUGGAAAGCUUUCUAAAGAUGGUGCGAAAGCUGCUGGAGUCUGACAAACCCAAUCUGCAGAUCCUAGGAACCAACUCUUUUGUGAAAUUUGCCAAUAUAGAAGAGGACACGCCAUCGUACCACCGCAGCUACGACUUCUUUGUGUCACGCUUCAGUGAGAUGUGCCAUUCGAACUAUGAGGACCCUGACAUCCGUACCAAGAUCCGGAUGGCGGGGAUUAAGGGUCUGCAGGGUGUGGUGAGGAAGACCGUCAACGAUGAGUUGCAAGCAAACAUCUGGGACCCCCAACACAUGGAUAAGAUCGUCCCCUCUCUGCUUUUCAACCUGCAGAGUGGAGAGCGCACAGAGAGCCGCUCUCCUUCUCCGCUGCAGGCAUCGGAGAAGGAGAAGGAAAGCCCGGUGGAGCUGACGGAGCGCUGUUUCAGGGAGCUGCUGGGUCGAGCCGCCUACGGCAACAUCAAGAACGCCGUCACGCCCGUCCUGAUGCACUUAGAUAACCACUCUCUAUGGGAGGGAAAGACCUUUGCUGUGCGCUGUUUCAAAAUCAUCAUGUACUCCAUCCAGUCCCAACACUCUCAUUUGGUAAUCCAGCAACUCCUCGGCCACCUGGACGCCAACAGCAAGAACUCAGCCAAAGUGCGGGCUGGCAUUGUAGAAGUGCUGCUAGAGGCAGCUGCCAUUGCAGCCAGCGGCUCCGUAGGCCCUACUGUGUUGGAGGUGUUCAACACCCUGCUGAGGCAACUUCGUCUGAGCGUGGAUUACGAGCUGACCGGCUCCUAUGACGGCUCUACCAACAUCGGCACCAAGAUCAUCAAAGCUCACGAAGAGAGGCAGCUGCAGGAGGCUGUCAUCACGACCAUCGGCUCAUUUGCCAACACCUUACCUACAUACCAGAGGUCAGAGGUGAUGCUCUUCAUCAUGGGAAAGAUCCCCGUCCCUGGAGUAAAUCUGACUCUGCCUUCCACUGAAUCUGAGCCUGAGGGUACAAGAAUGAUUCAGGUUAUGCUGCUCAAGUCCUUGGUGCAGGUGACAGCAGGUUUCCAGACCACCAACAUGCUUACAGCACUGCCCAGCUCUUUCCUGGAGCCGCUGCUGUCCUUCUCUCAGACUGAUGACCCGGAGGUCCGACUAUUGGUGCUCCAAAUCCUCCUCAGCCUCAUUGACAGACAUGACAACAGGCCCAAAUUAUCAAAAAUAAGCAUCAUCUCUGACAUCUCUGUGCUGAAGCUCAAGGUUGACAAGUGCUCCAGACAGGACAAUUUAUUCAUGAAAAAGCACGGCCAGCAGCUUUACCGACACAUCUACCUGGGCUGCAAGGAAGAGAGCAGCGGCCAGCAGCACUAUGAGACCCUCUACACUCUGCUGGGUCUUCUCAGCGUGGAGUUGGCGAACGAAGAGGUGGUGGUGGACCUCAUCCGGCUGGCUCUCGCCUUGCAGGACUUGGCUCUGUCCACGGAUGAAGGUCUGCCUGUUUAUAACCGAUGUGCUGUUCACGCCCUCUCUGCUGCCUACCUUAACCUUAUCUGCCAGCUCACCACCGUCCCAGCCUUCUGCCAACACAUACACGAAGUAAUCGAAGUGAGGCAGAAAGAAGGUCCUUAUCUUCUGCCUGAGGAUGUCUUUAUUGAGAAUCCCAAGCUGCCGUCUUCGAUGCAGAAGGUUGAAGGUGGCGUUUUGUUCCUCCAGUCGAAGAUCACAGAGGUCCUUGGUGGAAGUGGUUACAACACAGAGAGACUGGCUACACCCUACAUCCCGCAGUACACUGAUGAAGAUCGGCUGUCCAAAAGAAAGAGCAUCGGGGAGACCAUCUCUCUUCAGGUGGAGGUUGAGUCCCGAAACAGUCCAGAGAAGGAGGAGAGGACGCCAGCUGAGGAGAUCACAUUUGAGACGCUGAAAAAUGCCAUUGUGGACAGUGUUGGCAUGGAGGAACAGGAGAGGGAGCGGAGGAGACAGGUUGUGGAAAAGUUUCAAAAGGCACCAUUUGAGGAAAUCGCUGCACACUGUGGCGCCAGGGCCACUAUGCUGCAGAGCAAACUGAAUCAGAUAUUCGAGAUCACAAUCAGACCCCCUCCCAGCCCAUCUGGAACCAUUUCCUCAGGGUACGGCCAAAGCCAGAGUCGAUCCGUCCCCAUUUAUGAGAUGAAGUUUCCAGACCUCUGUGUGUAUUAG